UGGUGUUUGAGUAAAGUAUAUUGUUAGAAAUGUGUUUUUUAAAUUUGCCUUAAUUGUAGUUUAUUUAGUUUGAUAUUUAUUUUUACAUCCGGCGGAAGCAAAUAUAUCAGACUGCAUUGUUUGUUUUACCCAUCCCACGUAAUCUUUUACGUCCAAACCAUAACAUUGAUGCUAGAUUGCAAGAACCAUUCGAAGUCGAUGGUGUUGAAUGACGGGAAAUCGAAAAUCAAAUUCAAGAUUCCGAAGAAGAUUGAUGCAGGACUGUUUAAUAAACAAGAAAUAUGCAGCAUAUUAAAGGAUGCGAACAGUACGUUUCCGCAACAGCUUAUGAAAAUAUUCACUAGUGGUCAAAUAGAUCUUUUUUUACAAGCAGUUUCGGAUCUGUCGGUGGAGUGCUCAGAUUUUGAAAUAAAUGAAAUAUCCCUCACAUAUUUAAGAAAAGAAUUCGUUGUUAUGAGUUCCGCGACUGUUUACAAUUACACCAAAAAAUGGAUUGACUUUCUUUUGCAGAACAAUUCAGGAGCAAGAAAUCAUUGUUUGCUACUGAAACAACUUAUAUGCUGUACAAAUUUGUUGCAAAAUAACCAACUUCAGUCAUUGCUUCAUGAAGUUCUUCCACAAGCUUAUCGUCAUCUUUGCUUCAUGAAGCAAUUUUCCUCGGCUUCGGUGAUUGCGGAAGUAAUUUUCUACUCAAUUGCUCUUCCAGCUGCUUAUUCUGAUGACUGUGAUCGAGAAGCACUCCGGAAUGUCUGGAAUAAAUUACUGUUACCAGAAGAAUCCGUAAGGUCGGCUCAUUUCAAUUUGUGUACUGUUUUGGUUAUGAGUUCGUUGGGUUUUGGUUGUGCGCAAUAUAUGCAGUUUUUGGAAAAUUCUUUGAAUGAUCUUAAAGAAAGUGAAGAUCUUUUAUUUAGCAAUCGAAAACAGUUUCAUGUAUUAUUGGAAGCGAAUUUGGGUGUGCUUUUGUCACAUUGUCAAUCGAACCAGAGUGAACUGCUGUUAAAUAUUCUGGUUACCUUCCAUCUGGAGAACAAUGACUUGUAUUUGCUAAUCCAGUCGGUAUUUCGUUAUUCGGGAUUAAUUGAUAAUUACGCUUCCAAAGUGCUACAGCCUUUUUUUCGGUGUUUGUUGUUGCGUUUAUCAUCAUUCGCGGACGAAAAUUUUCCCCAGCAAGAAGGAAAUGUCGGAAUAUGGAUCAGAAAAAGCGUGGUAGAAAUCUUGUCGAUGUCAAGUAAGAGCUAUGAAGAUGAAUUGAAUUCUUGGAAAAUGGUAAUAUCUGCAUUCGUUCCGGCUUCACAUCUUAUGCCGUUGUCUGAAAAAAGAUUGUGUCAAAUUGUGCAGUCAGUUUGUGGGAAAGGAUUUUCACUAAAAACUUUGCCAGUUUCAUUGCGAGUGGUAUUGUUUUGUGUGUUGAUUUCGCUUAUUCCUUGUAUAUCAUCGGAAGUAUUUGAAAUUGUAGUUGAAAGUACUUUGUCGAUAAUGAGGUCGGAUGUGAAAUUAUUUCGCAGUUUAAUAAACAGCUGUAAAGAAAAAACAGUGAAAAAAUAUAUCAAGACUUUACUUCGAUGUGGUUGCUUGAAUAAUAGCUCAAAAAACACGCAAAUUCUAGUUAAAGAAUUCCUCCUUAGUAGUUGCAGUUGUGACAUGCUUGCUCUCAAGUGUGAUGUUAUUUUGAAAGCUGCAGUACAAAAAUCCUUAAUUGAAGAGCAAUAUUAUUUUUUGAAACCAUUGUGUGAGACAUUUAAUGAAAUCCAUUACGAAAUAAAUGCAGGAGAAAAUAGAACAUUACGAAUUGCUACUGAAAAGGUUUUCCAACAUAUUUAUGAACUGAUAUCUCCUUUCGAUUGCAUGGAUACAAGGAAAUCAGCUCUUUUUGAGUUAUUUUUGUCAGUGCUAUCAGUUGUGAAAAUUUUGCAAGAUAACGGUACGACAGUAACUGAGAGAGAGAUUGAAAAUACAGCAGAACAUAUCAGAAUUGCUGAUCAGGUAUGCAAAACUCUUUGUAAACAUCCAGAUAAGCUGAUCGAAUUUGGAAUAAUAUCAAAGCAGCUGUCGCAGUUGUUGAGAAGAUCCAUUUUAUGGAUGGUAAAAAGGGGUAAGCUCGAGCAUAUUAUUUCCUGGAAAUAUGUUAGAUAUUUUGAACUAUAUGAUGAAUCCACCGUUAACGACAUUAUCAGUGCUGCAUCGAUGGAAAUGUUAGAAAGCCUGCUACACUCAUCUUCACAUGAUCUUCAUGCGUCGGAAAAAUUUGCAUUAUAUUUUGCGUUGGCAAAGCAUCAAAAUGAAGAAAAGAGAAAAUUGUUAUCCUCUGUGCUCAAAGAUGUGCUGGAAGUCAUAGUAGAUAUUGCUGGAACAGACUAUCUGACAACUGUCGCUUUUCUACAUCAUAUUCUUCCGGUUGCCUCUGGUAGCGCAUACGCGAGAGAUUACGUAUCAUUUGCUUUGACAGUUCUUGCAGUAGACUAUGAACUGUUAUUCUCAGAUCCUGCAGCGCUGCGCAGUGCUGUUUCUCUUCUUUUGGAUUGUCUGCGGUUUGGGACCAAUUCUAUAAUUAAUGACCAGUGUUCGUUUUACAUGACGUUGUUUGUAUGUGUUGGACGAGCUAUUCAGAAAUAUGUAAAUGAUGCAUCAGCAAUCAGUCCUCGGUUUAUUCGUCACUUAUCUUACGGGUUUGCUAAAGUUGCUGGCGAAAUGCUGAAAUACGAACGAUCAUUUUCCCGGGUAGCACCCUUCAUCAUUUCGGAAUGUCUGGAAGAUGCUGAAUGCUUAUCACUUGCUUUGUUUCGAAUUUUCUCAAUCUGUGAUGGUCAUAGUGUCGCUCUCCUCACUACUAAUCUACCAUUGUUACAAAAAACUCGAUUCGCUAAUUUAAGUUUAUAUUUCAAAAAAAUCAAAAUGGUUGUCUAGUUUCAGGACUAUAUGCCUCUAAUUUAAAAACCAUACCCGGAAUAAUGUAAUUCUAUCUCCUCUCAAAAUUGCUUAAAUAUUCGAUAUUAGUGAUUGAGACUUGAUAUUUUUCCCCGUAUCUUAAACUACCUUACUGCUAUUUUCCCACUUUUUUGGCUUUUGUUCACGAAUUUGUAGGUCUACAUCUGAUUUUUGAUUUAUUUUUGGAAAUUGUUUCGCUCUUAUAAUUUCAAGGGCAUGUAUACAGAAAAUAAACGAACAAAACACCUG